ACGAGAAACGCCCUCGGUUAAUCCACCUCUGCGAUCGCAACUGAUUAGCCUUCGUAUUGUGGACUGGUAGCUCGGGGGGGAUACGCCCACCAAUGGGAGGUGACAGCUCCCGUAAGGUGGAGGUAAGUCGUGCCUCGCGUAGGCCUUAUCCUGUCGUAGGGGCUCGCGAGAGGCGGUUGGCCAAAAUGCCAGAGGAGAUGACGGACGGUGGGAGGAGGUUUGUGAYUCUCGACGACCUCAUCGAUGCCUUGGACAAGCGCGAGAGGGCGCCGAGCAAUGUUCCAAAGGUCGAGACAUUUCACUUCAAAGGGGAUYGGGUAUCUGACUGGUUGGAUCUGACAGAGCAGGCGCUGGUGGGACUGUCAGAUGAGGUCAAGCUCCAGAGGGUCCUGAGCUGGACAAAGUUUGGGGACCUGAUGCGAAGGAAGUACAGGCUGGGGGAUGGCCUGUUGAUCAUGGCCGACUUGGAGGCCAUGAACAAGGAAGACUUUUCUACCAUUGGGGCGUUUGUGCACGAGUUCAAGAAAAAUGCGAGGAAAGUGCACGGGAUUUCUGAGGAGCCGCAAUGCGCCACAUUUUUGGGGCUGCUUACGGGCUCGGAGGCCACAGAGCCAACCAAGUAUGGGGAAGGAAGCGAGAGGCUCACCUGGGCAACCAUUGACAAGGGAGUGGAAGAAGGGAACCUGGACCAGGUGGAGCARCACCAAAUGAGGCUGCAAAGGCGCAAGAGGAAGGAGAGGGAUGCUACCGCAUCCGGGACCCCAGGGGUUAAGAGAAUAGUCACGGACGUGUUGGGGACACUAGGGUAUGAUAACGAAGCGGAGAUACAGAAAAGAGGGGUGCUAGCCCACGCGGGGCACAUGGUCCCCUAUUUAGGUCCAUCAGCAAGUAUGGGCCCCCCGAGCUACCCGGCGACUCAGAGCCAGCCCGUGGCUCAACCGCCGCCCUCCCAACAGGCCUCGCAAGCUAGCGUGGCCGGGGGAGGGGGCCAAGGACAAGGCGGGMAAGGCAAUGGGGGCCGAGGCCAAGGGGGUAGAGGAGGGGGCGGCCGGGGGCGAGGGGGAAAUGGAGGAGGCCGUGGAGGAGGCUGGAAUGGUCAAGGGGGUAAGAACCAAGGUGGCCAAGGCAGCCAGGGAGGGGGCCAAGGGUAUGGGAGGCCCCGCUUCGACUGGCGGAAUGCAACUUGUUGGCAUUAUGGCGAGGUGGGCCACACCAUACGGUUCUGCCAGCAGCGGCGAGAUGAUGAGUUGGCGGGACUGAUCUCCUCAUGCAUGGACGGGGACAUAUACGAUAGGUGGGRAAAGCAUAUUGAUCCCAAGACCCCGGGAGGAAUCAGGCAGGAAGCCCUCAGGCGAGCAGCGGCAGGGCCUCCAGCAGCCCCAACAAUGUUCAGGAUAUGGCAGGAAAGGCAAGACCCGGGUGUGAGAGUCGAGGAGAUUGUGGAUGAAAAUGAGGAAGUGACUCMGCGGCUGAAGGCGGGGACUAUAAAGGAGGAGCCUAUAGUCGUUGAGUCAGACGAUGAGGCAMARGAGGUGGUGAGAGAGUCAGCCUCGACCAUCCCGGAAAGGAUGGAGGACCUGCUUGCAAAGGUCGGCAGAUAUCAGGAACGGCUGAGGGUGAUGUGCGAAGAGGCCCGGGAAUGGGAAAUGAAUCUUCCUGAGGGAGGGGCGGAGCUGAGCCUGCACGAUGGCGUGCCAAAAAGGAAGAAGUACGCAAUCCGGCUGGAGGAGGGCUUUGACGUGGAGCRAACAGUGGACAAGCUCUUGGAAGGCCACAAUGAUCCGAUGAAUUUAAAAGACAUCCUGGCGUCAGCGCCAAGACUCCGUGGCGAGCUGAAGGGGCGACUCUCGCGGAGGCUAGUGCCCAACGUCCACCUGAGCUCAAUUCUGCCCAGGGAGAUAAAGUGGACAAAGGCGGGCAUCAGGAUGGACUGGAAAUGUGUAGCAUGUGGGUUGGUGGAUCUGAAGGUGAAAGACCAGCCGAGCAUCGCAAUGGUGGACACGGGCGCCGAGAUGAAUAUCAUACGGGAGCGGGACGCGACUAUGCUAGGGCUGGAGGUGGAUCAUUCGGACCAUGGUGUGCUGCAUGGCGCMAACUGCAAGGCCAAUGUGAUGGUGGAGAUCGGGAGGGUACGGGCGYGAACGUGCUUCUUCGUCAUGMUCGAUGUCGACCACCCUAUCCUUCUAGGGAGGUYGUUCCUCUGCCGACCGGAGAGCUUGGUCUUCAACAGGCAUGAGGGGACGAUGAUCCUGGCUCUAUCCGAUCCGGCCUGCGGGAAUUACGAGAUUAUUAAGUGCCGGAACACAGGGCCCGGAAGUGCGAGGAACAGGCUCAACCUCGGCUCCUUUACCUUUAAGGAGUCUGAGUACGCGCGACGGAGACUUCGGGAGGAGCAGGAGGAGGAAGGAGCAGGCGAGGUGUUGUCCCUGAGCCUUAACGAUGUGAAUAAGGCAAUGGAGGUGGUGGCGGCGCAAAGGAGCAGGCGAGGUGUUGUCCCUGAGCCUAUAAAGGCCUUGAGGGAGCAGGCCUGGGAGCCUCUGCACCCCAGGCUGGAAAGGGAAGUGGGUGCAGUCGUACACCUGGACCUGUUGUUCAUGCCACUCGGGGAGGAUGGAAGUAAUUAUAUCUUCGAUGCACGGGACAACCUUACCGGGUUCGUGGACGGUCGGGCUAUUCGUACAAAGACUGACCCAGUUUUAGCAAGGUGCAUUGAAGAGUACUACCUGCGCUAUUCGUUUGUCAGAGAAUUUGUGAUGGACCGGGGGUCGGAGUUCACUUGUAAUGAGGUGCGGACCUUGCUUGCGGGGUAUGGUGUGGUAGCGAACUAUACUACUGCCKCGCACCCCCAGGCGAACGCACCUGUGGAGAGGGGGCAUAGUACCAUCACAAAUCUCCUGGCCAAAUGGACUGAGGAGAAGCCUAACCAGUGGCCGAAGUUCCUGAGAGCAGCAUUCUUCGUGGAAAAUGUUACAGUGAAAAGGACUACAAAGUAUGCGCCGGCCACUCUAUGGUACAKAAGGCAUGCCACCUUUCCCAUAGAAAGCUUCAUGAAGACGUGGAAGCGCCAGGACCUGGAAGUGAACCUGUCCUUUGAAGAGUUGCUCGAUAUACGGGCGCGGUCUGACUUUUCGAAGGUAGUCAUGCAGAGGGGCGGAAGGGAUACACGGCCACGGCAGGGGCCCCAGGGAGCAGCGGGGAGAGGCGAGCAACACGAGCCGCCUAGGAGGGAGCCUACGCCUGAGUUUGACGAUGAUAACAUAGAGYUUUUCCUGGACGUAUAUCGGGAUCAUGCGACACAGAGAGGGUGGUCAGUGGCGGAGAGGAUCCACCACUUGAGGGGUAUAGGGCGGUUUGAGGAGCCGGUCGCUCAGAUAUGUGAGGAGGCCCUGACUUGGCCGGAUGUGGAGGCCGGGAUGYAGAGGUUGAAAGCUUCCYCUAGASGGCGCGAUGGCAUGCCCAUCCGAUUGGAGGAGGGGAACGCGGAGGAUUUCAUUCCCGCAUAUGAGCACUACAUGUUGAGUCAGGGAAUUGCGCGGGAGGAGUGGUUAGGGGAGGGCUCWGUUGAGCCGACGCACUAUGUGCCACAGGAGGAUCCUUUGGACCUCGAGACGGAGACGGGCAGGCAAGACCGAGAGGAGCCGCUGAAUCCUGAGAUGGCAGCCGAGCAGCCGGAUCAGGUACGACCUCAGGGUGAGGAGGUGAUCACGGUCGGAGACGAUACCCCUCCAUGCUCCCCAGUUCCAGAGCCAGCACAACAUUCAUGGCCAGAGGGGAUUCCUGAGCCGGACAGCGAGGAGAUUCCGGAGUCUCCCCCUGAGGCCACUGCUAUGCCUGAGCAGGAGGCAAAGGCGGAGGGUCAGGGAGUGUGUGAGAGAGCGAGGUUGGAGGCGCCCCUUGACUUGCCAUCGGCCAUGCACGUGACCAAGAGCCCAGUUAUCGAGGAGUCCAUUCCAGCGGAGUUACCGCCAGCAGUGCCAUGCACGAGCGAGGGGAUGGGGGCGGAGGCGUCAAUUCCAGAGGGUCAGGGGCCGCGAGUGAGAAGAACCCCGAGAGAGACCCCCGAAGAGAAGUCCGCCCGAGUGCGGGUCCGUCAGGAUGAAAUACAUGCGAGGCAGGCUGAGAUGGAGGCAGCAGGAAUAGAGCCGACACCGCCGGUCGAGCCCAAGACGAUCGAGCAGAGGAUCGACGAGUUGUGGGCUAGGUAUGAGAGCCAGAGGGAUGCAGCCCGCCAGAGGUCACGAGAGGCAGGACAGGCGGACGAGGAGACGGGUGAGCUGAGGGAGAUGGGGGACUUGGGAGAGUUGGAGGUGGAGCACCUGACUACUCAGCUUGCCGAGGAGAGGGCGAGGAGCCAGGCCAGAGAGGUKGAGUGGGAGAGGAGAUUUGGGGAGAUAGCGRCCGCUGUGGAUAGGCUCUCGGCAGCCUGGGAGGCUAGCCACGCGGAGCGAGCUGKUGCCGAUGGCCAGGGCCRAGGGAUGCAGGCUUCGCCGAGUCAAGGAGUAGCAGUGGAGGUCCCUCGACAGGCCGAGCCAAUGGAGGAGGUGCCCUUGGACGCAGUCGAGGAGGAGGGUGGCGCGCAGGAGUCGCUUAUGGCUAUGUCCACCGAGAGGAAAGGUUCGCGUUUGCAUGAGCUGGCGGCAGCCAUGGGGAUAGGCACGCCGCAGGAGGGGCCUCAGAGACUCGACGCUCCAGAGCAUGCCCCGAGGUUGGGAGAGUUGAGGGCAGAGUUGGGCUCCUGGGCCACGGGGACGGACUCAGGAGGGCCUGACUCGCGGCAACAGCAGCAGCAAGAGGUCAUGAGUGAGCCCACCGCCAUGGGGGGCUCUCAACCGUCAGGAGCAUGUGGGGAUGAGGUGGUGGUGACAGAGGGGCCUCAUGAGGAGGGUCCCCGAGAGUUGGAUAUGCCAGACUGCAGGCCACUGAGCACAGCCGCACGAGGGGGUGAGAAUGCUGAGGCUAUGGAGCCUCGACCUCAAGGCCAUAUGGGAUUGUCCUCGUGUCAUGAGGUAACUACUGAGACCAAGGGGACGCCUUCGACAUCGAGUUCGCAGGGGAGAAAAAAGAAGACUGCCAGGUGGCACGACACCUCCUGUUUUUGGUGCAAGGAGAAAGGGCAUAGAGCCGUGGACUGCCCAGAACUCCUCGAGGAUAAGGCCGAGGGGCGAGUUGCGGAGUAGUAGAGCGAGCUCCGGACAGGCAGGGCAGGAUAGUAGAGCGAGCUCCGGACGGGGGCAGGGCUCAGUUGUAUAGGCAGAACCAGGAGGAAUUGUGUAAGUAGGGGCUGRUCUAUCUAUGCGUCAGUAGGGUCAGAUUAAUUGGCACACAGAGGGAAGGUUGGAGGUGUACAUAUGUUUAGUUGGUUGAGGGGCUCCUAGAUGUGUGCAUACUCUAGAGGUGGUAGGAUGAGUCCCUGCCUGCUCGUAUAUACAUAGUUGAUUGUGUUUUCCUUGAGGCUACGACUUAGGGCAUGAGGGUUGGCCGUAGGACACAUGGGGCUACUCAGUCCAUUUUUUAUUUCGCGGUGCGGAGACUACUUGAGUUGAAAGAGACUUGGGUAUGAGUUUCCCUAGUUAGGUGAGACGGGGGAGUUAGGCACCCCUUAGAUUUUGAGUAAAUGUUGUGUCCCCGA